GAGGGUAACUUUGGGCACCUACUUCACGCGGGAGAUUGUCACCUCUCCCCCGUCCUUGCCCCCUCCUUGAGCCAAGCCGCUAGCCAGAGAAGGCGCUUUUUUCCAGAAGUUUUAGAAAAAUGACCACGCAUUUUUGAGAAAGGUCGUGCCCGCUUCCCAGCUUCACCUAGUCUGGGCCACCGCCAGGACCCGCCUCCCGAGCACCCCUCCCCCUUCCCCAACCUAGCAGAGGGAGAGAUGCCAGGGCGGUGGAGUCAUGCCUCUGGCUUGGGCACCAUUGGCUCAUGCCUGGAACACGCAGCGGCGAAUACGCACAACUGGCGGUGCGCCCGGGCGACUCCGGGCCUGAUAUGGAGAAAGAGGGCGGGCGUGUGUGUGUGUGUCCCGGGCGUGCGAGGCGCGCAGGACGCUCGGUGACCGCCCCUUCUCGCACUUGCAUCACCAACUCCGCGGUCUCCACCCACCCUUAGCCCCGCCCUCGGCCCUCCUCUGGCCAGUUUUCCCUGGAAGCUAUUAAUAGCAUUACGUCAGCCUGGGAUUGGUAACCUGGAGUUAAGCGAGCGCCUUGCCAGCGCGAGGGCUAUAAAAGGGGUGAUGCAACGCGCUCUCAGCCACAGUCUCACUCUGCGAGGCGCGCUGGGCACGGUGCUUCCCCGGCGGAGCCUCCCGGCCAGUCCGCGCUCCCACUGAGUCCGUGGUGCUCGCCCGCCGGCGGGACACACCGCCCGCCUCUGGCCGCUCUCUGGACCCUGGCCGCCCCGAGCGGAGACUGGAGCAAAAUGAUGCUUCAACAUCCAGGCCAGGUCUCUGCCUCAGAAGUCAGUGCAUCGGCCAUCGUCCCCUGCCUCUCACCUCCUGGAUCCCUGGUAUUUGAGGAUUUUGCUAACCUGACACCCUUUGUCAAGGAAGAGCUGAGGUUCGCCAUCCAGAAUAAGCACCUGUACCACCGGAUGUCCUCUGCGCUGGAGUCAGUUACCGUCAACAACAGACCCCUGGAGACGUCAGUCACGAAAUCGGAGGCGGCCCCUGAAGAAGAUGAGAGGAAAAGGAGGCGGCGGGAAAGAAACAAGAUCGCAGCCGCCAAGUGUCGAAACAAGAAGAAAGAGAAGACCGAGUGCCUGCAGAAAGAGUCAGAGAAGCUGGAGAGUGUGAAUGCCGAGCUGAAGGCCCAGAUUGAGGAGUUGAAAAAUGAGAAACAGCACUUGAUAUACAUGCUCAACCUCCACCGGCCCACGUGCAUCGUCCGGGCGCAGAAUGGGCGGACUCCGGAAGAUGAGAGGAACCUCUUUAUCCAGCAGAUAAAAGAAGGAACAUUGCAGAGCUAAGCGGUGGCGGGGGGACAACUGGGGAGUCCUUAUUGAAUCCUCCUUUUCCACCCUGAACCCUGAAGCCAUUGGAACGCUGGCUUCCUGUGCACUCUGAGAACCUCAGCAGCCCAGAGCCGUGGGGGCAGGAAGGUCAGCGGUGCCUACUGCCUUGUCCCAUUCUGCCCCGGAGUGAACUGCGGCACAGAGCAAGAGCAUCCCUUGUCUCACUAACUCCAGGAUUUAGGCCUUACCAUCCUGGCCAUUCUCAGAUGAUCUAGCUGGGCCCUGGCUGGGGUCCCAUGCAAAGCAGGAUGCCCACUAAUGGGAUUCAUGCAGAAGUGUCUGCCUCAGUAGGUGGGGUGGGACCACGUCCCCCACUGCAGCUGACACCAUCUUUCCUAGGGAAUAUGGAGCGGGAAUGCUCAUUAUCGAGGUUGUCCAAUGGCCAGGGUGUGCUUCUAGAAAAUACGCUGCUACGCCCCAGAAUGACUGCGCUCUCUUCAGAGCCAGGCUUUGUGCUGGUUGGAUGUUUGUCUUGCACAACACUGUCAGGACUUUCCCGGGAGUUUCAUCAGAACUGAUUCCUGAGACUUUGGGAGUCUGCCAUCAUGGACAGUAUCCCUCAAAAGCAUUCAGGUGGCCACGUAAGCUUCCCUGGCCCAGAGGGGUGAAAGUGGCCUGAUGGCCAGCUGUGCCACUUUGUGUUGACAGAGGACGCCUCCUCUCCCUGUACCCACUGCUGAGGAAGAACCUGGGCACGACAGCAGGUCCUUGGCUGCAAACUGUUACAGUCACAGAAAGAAGGCACAAAGAAAGUCCAACUUCCAAAGGGUAGGACUCUUCCUUCCCACUCAGUGACGGGGCAGGAGUGAGUUCUAGACUAGACGAGGCAGAGAUACUCCAUUUCCUUUCCUCAUGGCCAGAAACCACAGCCCGUGGAGAAGCGUGUUUGAAGCCAAGCGCAGGACCAGGCUUCUUUCUGCACUGUAGGAUGAUAAUGGCAUUGUUUUUGUUUUUGAGAUAUGGCCCAGAGCAUUUCAGCUGGGAGGCCCCUCCCUCUGGCUACCAGAACUCUGGCUACUGUUAAAAUUCUGACGUUUCUGUGAAAUCCUCAGAGUAUUUAAUCUUACUCAAUUGUAUCAUUACAAUUUUCUGUGAGAGAAAGUAUUAUUUAUCCCAGUAUUCCUAGCCUGUCAACAUAAUAAAUAUCAGAAUAAGACAUGGUAAA